AUGUUCGAAACGCUCACGGAGUUAUACCCAUCUGUGUGGGAUGAACCAGAGACCAAGAAAUGGACAAAGACAGCACGCGAGAUCCAGCAAAUGUUCUAUUUAACUUUCGAAGGUAAACAAUGGGACGUUUACCAAAAAAAGGAAUACGAGUUAUUAAGCACAAAAGUUUGUUAUGCUUUAUUUGGUCCUCCAAAGGAUGCAAACGACAACUUUAGCAAUAUCGAAAACGCGUAUGAUAAAGAUAAACGUGAUUCAGGCGACAAAAUCAAAGACAAGAUCAUAGAAGUGCACAAAAAUCACUCGGGCUGUAAGUCGUUGCAUGUUGGCAUUAUUUUCGUAUGUUGCAAGCAAUACGAUAAGCAAUUUUACGUUCCGAUAUUUCGUAUACGUAUAAACGAAACAACAGAAGAAAGCUAUUACGUCGAUACGAAUUUCCGCGUGUACCAAUCUUGGAACGAUUGGAAAGAAAACAAUAAACUACCAAUGUUGUUAUAUUGUUAUCCAAAGCCAGGCUUUUACACGUGUUCUAAGGGCAGCAGGUACAAAUUCGAUGAGAAAGGCGAUCCAAAAACAGCAAACGGAAUUAUCAAGAAAGCGCAAGCCCAAUAUUUUCAAGAGUAUAAGUCUCAGAUGACCGAUGCUGUUGCACAGGAAACUUUCCAGAAAUUUAUCGACGACAAUUAUAAGAACAUAAAGAGUGGUGCGAAUAUUACCAGGACUAUUAAUACUAUCUAUGAUCCUGAAACAUUUUUCAAAUCAGUUGGGCCCGAGACUUCUAUCAAAAUAAUCGACAACACUGUGGGAAUCUUCAUCAUUAACGAUGAACUGAAAAUAAAUCCUAAUCGGUGA